GUCAGCACGAAUUCUCGUCCGGACCACAGUGGGAUAACUAUACCUGGAACCGAAUCCGGACUUACUAAAACGCCCACAGAUAUGAUGAAGACAUAUUUACUAAGCUGUACCUGUACGGCGGUACUCCUCCUCGUUUGUGUAACAGACGCCAGAUUCCUGGACGAUGAAAUGCCAUCACGUGUUAAACGCCAAAUAGCAGACGCAAGAAUGGCGGAAGUACUUGCCCUUCUAGAGCUAGAGAGGCGACUCCAGGGUUGUUCAUCACUAGGGUGUGGUCUAAUAGAUCUCGAAAGAUUUUACAAGAGAUCCUGGUCAGAUCAAAGAAUAGCGGAAUUAAAAGCACAAAUUGCUUUACAAGGCCGUCCUGACCUUGAUCUAGGUCACGGACAGAUUGAUCCCUAUAGGAUAUUGAUCAAGAGAACGUCCUCCGAUCAGAGGAUCGCCGAGCUCAUGGCGCUCAUCGCCUUGUCACGUGGAGGAGGUGGUAUGAUAGGUCACGGUCGCAUUGAUCCCAACUACGUUGGAAGAAAGAAAAGAGAUGUAUCAAGCUUACCAAUUUUCAAAGGACAAAAUGCACAGAGAUUAUUAAAUAAAAUUUUACGCCAUUCUGCGGAGAAAUUGUGAUGAAAUUGGAUAUCAUCUAACCUCGGCCUAGGCUUCCGUCCAUCUUUAAACUGACUGCAAAAAGACGCAAAUACUACACUGUUCCUAUUCUUCUUAGAGGGCGACUCCUUUGUCAUCUUCGCUAAAGUUGGGAAAUGACUUCCUGUGUUCCUACCCUGAAGGUGAAACCUGCAAUUUUUGUUUGAGCUUAAUCAUAUCGUGAUAGGAAGAAGAGCAUCGGUCCUUCAACCUUUGACCUUCAAAACAGCCACGGCGUUAACACGACAGCCGUUAAAUACAUCACGAAUGGAACAAUGGUUAGGACAUUCUUAUAGGCUGUAUAAUUCCAUACCUUUUACCAAAGUUAAUUCUUAUGUUUAUGUACGUCACUUCCGGUUUUAUUGACAUUCAUCUGCAAACCUGGUUAAUUCACACCAGCUAACACUUUAGAAAUGCCAGUAGAUGGUGAAUCACAUAACAAUUGUGUAGUCAUUCAUUUGACGAAGUUUCCUCCGAACUUUUGCUGUUUCUUCACCUUGCUGACACUAAACAUGUAGGCAGUUUCAUAUCUUAUUUAAUCCUAGUAAAUGGACUUGGAAAUUGAACACAACUGUCUUUUAAAUCUACCAAUGUAUACUGAUAUAUCGCAACAACUAAAAUUGUCUUCGAUCUGAUGACAAGCUGACGUUACCAGGAGUGAUGACGAUCUUUCUACAAAGGUUCUUUCUGUACUAUCCAUAAUUGUUUCUAUAGAUGAAUGUUAGUAACACAGAUGAUGCAUGAUAUGAAAGUUUAAACUGCAAUUGCAUUUAUUUUUUAUGUGUCUCAGGAAAUCUAGCUGAGCUAGAUACAUAACUGUACGCCAUUUUAAUGUAUAUUUAUUAAAUCAUAUUUAUUUUUCACUUCUGUGCUUCAGGCAAGCUCUUCUGUUCUGUCUUCGUGGCAAGUAUAAAAUAAUAAAACUUUAAUGUUUGUACUUUUA